UUCCCCAGGCUCAUGUCUGAGGAGUGCGGGCGGACUGCAGCCCUGGCGGCGGGGAGGACACGGAAAGGCACCGGGGACGGGGGCCUGGUGAGCCCCGAGGGCGCGGCAGACGAGGACUCGUGCUCCUCCUCGGCCCCGCUGUCGCCGUCCUCGUCACCGAGGUCCAUGGCCUCCGCCCCCGGCUGCCCCCCGGCCAAAUGCGUGUGCAGCAGCUGCGGCCUGGAGAUCGUGGACAAGUACCUGCUCAAGGUGAAUGACCUGUGUUGGCAUGUUCGGUGUCUCUCGUGUAGUGUCUGCCGGACCUCCUUAGGAAGGCACACCAGCUGUUACAUUAAAGAUAAAGACAUUUUCUGCAAACUCGAUUAUUUCAGAAGAUACGGAACCCGCUGCUCUCGCUGUGGGAGGCACAUCCACUCUACUGACUGGGUCCGGAGGGCCAAGGGGAAUGUCUAUCACUUGGCCUGCUUUGCUUGUUUUUCCUGCAAAAGACAACUCUCUACCGGAGAGGAGUUUGCUUUGGUUGAAGAGAAAGUCCUCUGUAGAGUCCAUUACGACUGUAUGAUGGACAAUUUAAAGAGAGAAGUAGAAAAUGGGAAUGGAAUUAGCGUGGAAGGCGCACUGCUCACUGAACAAGAUGUCAAUCACCCCAAACCGGCCAAGAGAGCUCGGACCAGCUUCACAGCCGAUCAGCUCCAGGUCAUGCAAGCCCAGUUUGCUCAGGACAACAACCCAGAUGCCCAGACGCUUCAGAAACUUGCAGAAAGAACGGGCUUGAGCAGAAGAGUCAUCCAGGUUUGGUUCCAAAAUUGCAGAGCGCGUCACAAGAAGCACGUUAGCCCCAAUCAUUCUUCCACAGCUCCAGUGACAGCAGUUCAGCCUUCACGGCUGUCUCCCCCCAUGUUAGAAGAAAUGGCUUAUUCUGCAUAUGUGCCCCAAGAUGGGACAAUGUUAACAGCCCUGCACAGUUAUAUGGAUGCUCAUUCACCGACAGCCCUUGGACUCCAGGCUUUGUUACCGCACUCGAUGACACAGCUACCAAUAAGUCAUACCUAA